AAAAAAAAAAAAAAAAAAAAAAAAAAAAAAAAAAAAAAAAAACUAGGACUAACCACACCAUGUACACGUACAGCAACCUCCCACGCGCCCGGCCUCACCACGGUCUGAGACUCAUCGUCCGCUUGAGUGUCAAGAGAUCCCACGAAGGCAGACCCUGCGUUGUCCUUGAGCCCGUCGACAACUUCUACCAGCUUACCGACCGAAACAACACCGGGCACAUGCCCUGGGAGGAGCGUAUUCGAUCCACCCUCACCUUUCCCACCGAGCAAGAGGAUAUUCGCCAUUACAUCCGCAUUCAUCACCUCUCGCAUUUCGAUACCGGGGUAAGCCCAGUAACCGAUGACUGCAUCGUUCUUACAGGCAUGAGCGAGGUCCUUGACCUGUGGGAAAGAUGGGAUCGGGCAGCUACAGAUGCGGAAUUCUCCCGGGGUCCGGUGAUGGCGAGGAGCGUGAAGCAGUUCAUUGGGUUGUUUAGGUCGGUGGAGGUGAAUCCGAACGAGUGGGCUCAAGUGAGGAGGCAUCAAUGGGGAAGGGUGUUUGAGGAGCUGGUAGAGGGGAGGAGGGAGUUGGGCAUUGGGAGGCCGAGGGUGAGGGUGGCUCUAUGUGUUGUGGAGGCUCUAUAGACCAUGGAGUGUAUCCUCGACCGUAAGAAAGAAGGAUAUGCCAAGGACAGAGAGGCCCACAGGAUUCCAUCUGGCUUGAUAAACUCCACAUUCUGAGGAAACAAGCACAUACGACCAUACCCACUGGAAAACUCGGGAUCCCGUCCGCUCUCCCAUAGAUAAGCCAGUGAGGGCCAGACUAGUAGUUGGGUCGGUGACGACCAGCGAAUCCCUGGUGUUGUAUGUUUUUUUCCCUCU